AUGAGACUCCUAAUCUGUGUUCUUUAUCUUGCUGUGUUUGGUCCUGCACAAUGUGGGAAUAUUUUAGUUUGGCCUACUAGAGGCAGUCACUGGAUCAAUCUGAAGAUCAUUUUGGAAACGGUGAUUGGCAAGGGACACAAUGUCACAGUUCUGGUGCCGAAUCCCUCUCCCUUCAUGGAUACCAAAGAAUCAGAUCGCUUCUCCUACCAGCACUUCAGUGUGUCCAUGACCACACAGGACAUGCAAGACUUCCUUAAUGAACUUGUACAUUUCUCAGUGUAUGAGAUCGAUCAGUUAAACUUACUGCAGAUUCAGAUUAAAUUCUACGAGCUUGCUUCCAAACAUCAGGAUAUGGCUUUGUCAUACUGUGACGGUAUUCUGAAAUCACCAGAGUUGAUGGACAAAUUGCGGAAUGGAAAGUUUGAUGUUGUUCUUUCAGAUCCGCACUUCCCGUGCAGCGAUAUUGUGGCUGAAAAGCUGAACGUUCCCUUGGUUUACACUUUCCAGUUCUCCAUUGCUCACAUUGUAGAGCGUAUGUGUGGUCAAAUACCAUCUCCACCGUCAUAUGUUCCCGCAGGCAUGAUUAAACUCACAGACAAGAUGAGCUUUACAGAACGAAUCAUCAAUAUGCUGUUUUACCUUUCUCAAGAUGCCUUUGCCAUUUUGGUGUGGAAAGGAAUGGACAACUAUUACACUGAAUAUUUUGGUGAGUUAAAGCAAUGUUCUGAAUUCAAUACUAGUUCACACACAAAUGAAAAUGCUGUUUACUCUCCUAAUGUAGUUACAAACCCAUAUGCUGUUAUUUUUUUUUUCAAUGGAACAGAAAAGGAUCAUUUUGAAGGAUCUUCACUCAUACAAAGAAAAUGUAUCUAUCAAUUUCCAAUGAGGACAAUAAAAAAAGCUCCAUAAAAUAGUCCAUAUUUCAUGUGCACUAUAUUCCGGGUUGGAAUGUUCUGGUUCUGAAAGAUGAGCUUUACAGAGCGAAUCAUCAAUAUGCUUGUCUGCUUA